ACGUUAGAGAAGGCCGGAACGGCUCCACCUGGUGCGCCUGGGGUGGUGUAGCUCGUCGAGUGGUGGCCGAGGUGGACCGGCACAUUGAGCAGCUCACUACUGCCAGUGAGCAUUGCGACCUUGCCAUUAAGACAGUGGAGGAGAUCGAGGGGGCACUGGGUCGAGACUUCUACCCCAGCCUGGCAGAGGAGAGAUUGCGCUGGGAGAAGGAGCUGGCUGGCCUUCGGGAAGAGAAUGAGAGCCUGACCGCCAUGCUGUGCAGCAAAGAGGAGGAGCUCAACAGGACCAAGGCCACCAUGAACGCAAUCCGAGAGGAGAGGGACCGGCUCAGAAGGAGGGUGAGUUUCUUCAAAGUAACAGCCUUCUCCUUCCUGUGUUUGCAUUGCUAUCAGCUCGUGGUAUGUCUGGACCUACUGAAAGGUAAAAAAGAAACUAAGUCAAGUAGACAAGGUUGCGACAAGUGCCGCCUUCAGUGUAAUCUGUAGUAUACUGAAGAAGGGACUUGCUGAAAUGUUUGUCUACUCUGAUCCAGUUUGGUC